AUGUCGACUCUAACUCAUCCUGAAUGGAAUGAGAAGAUGGGUGGUCGCGAAGUCGCGAAAGCUUUCGCCGAGCAGAUUCAUGGCAAGAAUGUGCUCAUCACCGGUGUAUCCCCUGAAAGCAUCGGUUCGUCUAUAGCCCUCUCGAUUGCCUCCCAAAAUCCAGCGCUCCUCAUCUUCGCCUCACGCACCAAGUCCAAACUGGAGGAGGUCGUGAAGAGCAUCCAGGAUGCCUAUCCAGACGUCAUAGUCAAAGUCGUACUCCUUGACUUGAUGUCUCAAGAAUCUGUCAAGGUCGCUGCAAAAGAAGUGUCGCAAAUGACAAGUCGCCUGGAUCUGAUCAUCAACAAUGCUGGCAUCAUGACAACAGCGCGUCAAACCACCAAAGAAGGCCUCGAAGGUCAAUUUGGCGCCAACCACAUUGGCCACUUCCUCUUGACCGAACUGCUCAUGCCUCAGCUUCUGGCCUCUGCUUCCUCCUCAGAUGAAGGUGCCACCCGCGUCAUCAACCUCACUUCUGCUGGUCAUCGGUUGAGCCCUGUUCGAUUCUCUGAUUACAACUGGGAGAAGAGCAACGACGAGAUACCCGAAGAAGAGAGGCAUGCGCAACUUCCUCCGAAGUUUGCGAAGGGCGCAGAUGAUGGAUACAACGGGUGGCUGGCCUAUGGACAGGCGAAGACAGCGAACAUGCUGUUUUCAGUGGGCUUAAACGAGAAGUACAGAGGAAAGGGUGUAAGAAGUUAUGCGGUGCAUCCCGGAUGUGAGUACCCCGCUGCGCAAGCCUUUUGA